AUGAGUUCUAUAAUCGAUAAAAAUAAAAAAAAAGAGGAAAUACACCUUCUUAAAGCUAAAGAGUUGAAAGAAAAAAUUGAAACGAUAAAAAAUGAUUUAGAAACAAAAACAAAAUUAAUAAGCGAACUAAAAGAACAACGAAUAGACAAAAUUAAAAACAUUAAAGAACUUGAAAUAAAAAACAAUGCUAAUUAUAAAAAUUUUAUAAAUGAAUAUGAAAAUAUACUAAAUCAAUACCAAAAUAUUGAAAAUGAUAUUUAUGAAAUGCUAGGGGACUUAGCAUUACUGUCUGAAAAAUCAUAUAACGAAAUAUUAGAACUUAGAGAAGAAAAUAAAAAUAUUCUUAUGAACAAAGAUUUAAUUAUUGAGAAAAUUAAAAAAGAGUUCCAAGAACAAAUGGAAAUAGUUGACCUUGAAAUUUCCAAACACUCAAAUAUGCUAAAUGCUUUGCUUUUGAAAAUAUGCGGCAUUUUUAAGAAAACGCAUGUGCAGUAUCAAAGCGACGAGGAAUUAAGGCCAUUAUUAAUACGGCUGAAAAGCAUUGGCAAAAACUAG